AUUGAGAGUUAUAUCAAGAAAUUCAGUUCAGAGAGGAGAGAGGAGAGGGAGAAGGAGAGAGGGGCAGAGAAGGAGGGAGAGAGGGAGAGCAUGCAAGACAGGAAGGAGCGCCUUAGAGUCUCUGAAGCACGAAAGAGAUAACCGAUUAGGAAUUUUUCAGGCAACUGUCAUCCCGGAGAGCAGCAGGAGACUAACCAUCACCCCAACUCUGACGUUUCCUACAAGAAGUUAGAGACUUAAGCAGUAUUGACAUCGGAGAGAAAUGGUAUGCUUGAUGCUGUGGAAAAUACCCCAGAGCUGAAGAAGUGCAACUGGAUGUUGUGUGUGUGUUAAAUACCAGAAGAGCCCAGACCCCGUGGGUAAUAGAGACGAAAUGUGGAGAGAAUGACUAACGACAAAUCUGUGAAUUUGUUCUCUGGAGUUGCUAAUUUGCCAGCCCGAAGCAACACAUUUUACAAGGAGGAAACGUUUUGCUGCUUCUGAUUUCUCCCCAAACUGGUGCUACCAGAUGCAUGGCUUUCUAUGUGUUGGAACAAAUCAUUCCUAACUGCAGCAUACCGGGAAAGGGGAAAGGUUGAGGCAACUAACUGGCUGUCUCCAAAUAAGCGAUGAGAUGUAAUGCCUCCUCCAGUCCAUGCACGCUUCCUCUUGCAAUUCGUGCAUCAUUCCUCAGUGGAAACCCUUAAACCCUAAAAUCUGGGAAAAGAAAAUAAAUACAUUAUCAUGGACCUGAGGGAUUUUUACCUGUUGGCUGCUCUGAUUGCCUGUUUAAGGCUGGAUUCCGCAAUAGCUCAAGAACUUAUUUACACUAUUAGAGAGGAAUUGCCCGAAAAUGUGCCCAUAGGAAACAUACCAAAGGAUCUGAACAUUUCUCACAUCAAUGCUGCCACAGGGACCAGUGCCAGCCUUGUCUACAGACUGGUUUCUAAAGCUGGGGAUGCCCCUUUGGUGAAAGUAUCCAGUAGCACUGGGGAGAUUUUCACAACCUCCAAUAGAAUAGACAGAGAAAAACUCUGUGCUGGAGCCUCUUAUGCUGAGGAGAAUGAGUGUUUCUUUGAACUUGAGGUAGUGAUCCUCCCCAAUGAUUUUUUCAGGCUGAUCAAAAUAAAAAUAAUUGUCAAGGAUACCAAUGAUAAUGCCCCCAUGUUUCCAUCUCCUGUCAUCAAUAUUUCCAUUCCAGAAAACACUUUGAUCAACAGCCGCUUUCCAAUUCCAUCAGCAACAGAUCCUGACACAGGCUUCAAUGGUGUUCAGCAUUAUGAAUUGUUAAAUGGGCAGAGUGUUUUUGGACUGGAUAUCGUGGAAACUCCGGAGGGAGAGAAGUGGCCACAAUUGAUUGUUCAGCAAAACUUGGACAGAGAACAGAAAGAUACCUAUGUGAUGAAAAUCAAAGUAGAGGAUGGAGGCACUCCACAGAAAUCCAGCACGGCCAUACUGCAGGUCACAGUAAGUGAUGUAAAUGACAACAGGCCAGUGUUUAAAGAGGGUCAAGUGGAGGUGCACAUUCCAGAGAAUGCUCCGGUAGGCACUUCUGUAAUUCAGCUCCAUGCCACUGAUGCAGAUAUAGGCAGUAAUGCUGAAAUACGGUACAUUUUUGGUGCCCAGGUCGCCCCUGCAACCAAAAGACUCUUUGCUUUAAAUAAUACUACUGGGCUGAUAACAGUUCAGAGGUCCUUAGAUCGAGAGGAGACGGCCAUUCACAAAGUGACAGUGCUGGCUAGUGAUGGCAGCUCCACACCCGCUCGUGCAACCGUUACCAUCAAUGUCACUGAUGUAAAUGAUAACCCUCCUAACAUAGACCUCAGGUACAUUAUAAGUCCCAUCAAUGGCACAGUGUAUUUAUCUGAGAAAGAUCCUGUCAAUACAAAGAUUGCCCUAAUUACAGUUUCAGAUAAGGACACAGAUGUGAAUGGCAAAGUGAUCUGUUUUAUUGAGAGAGAGGUCCCAUUUCAUUUGAAGGCGGUGUACGACAACCAAUAUUUGUUAGAGACCUCCUCUUUAUUGGACUAUGAGGGCACCAAAGAAUUCAGCUUUAAAAUUGUUGCCUCUGAUUCCGGGAAGCCCAGUUUAAAUCAGACUGCCCUGGUAAGGGUUAAGCUUGAGGACGAAAAUGACAACCCACCAAUUUUCAACCAGCCUGUAAUUGAGCUGUCAGUUUCUGAAAACAACCGACGUGGGUUAUACUUAACAACUAUUAGUGCCACAGAUGAAGACAGUGGGAAAAAUGCGGACAUUGUUUAUCAGCUUGGGCCGAAUGCCUCCUUCUUUGAUCUGGACCGAAAAACAGGAGUUUUGACAGCCUCCAGAGUCUUUGACAGAGAAGAACAAGAACGUUUCAUUUUUACAGUAACUGCCAGGGACAAUGGGACCCCUCCCCUCCAAAGCCAAGCGGCUGUGAUAGUUACGGUUCUGGACGAGAAUGACAAUAGCCCCAAGUUUACUCAUAAUCAUUUUCAAUUUUUUGUGUCUGAGAACCUGCCAAAGUAUAGUACUGUGGGGGUAAUCACAGUGACAGAUGCAGAUGCUGGGGAGAAUAAAGCUGUGACUCUUUCCAUUCUAAAUGACAAUGAUAAUUUUGUGUUGGAUCCCUAUUCUGGAGUCAUAAAGUCAAAUGUCUCAUUUGAUAGAGAGCAGCAGAGUUCCUACACUUUCGAUGUCAGAGCCACUGACGGAGGACAACCACCCCGCUCCUCUACUGCAAAAGUCACUAUCAAUGUCAUGGAUGUCAAUGACAAUAGCCCAGUUGUCAUUUCUCCACCUUCCAACACUUCUUUUAAGUUGGUGCCCCUCUCGGCCAUUCCUGGCUCUGUGGUAGCAGAAGUUUUCGCCGUGGAUAUUGACACGGGGAUGAACGCGGAACUCAAGUAUACAAUUGUGAGUGGGAACAGCAAAGGCUUGUUUCGGAUUGACCCAGUAACAGGUAACAUUACUCUGGAAGAGAAACCAGCGCCUACUGACGUGGGCUUGCACCGUUUGGUGGUCAACAUAAGUGACCUGGGAUACCCGAAGUCUUUGCACACACUCGUGCUUGUUUUUCUCUACGUUAACGACACUGCUGGGAAUGCCUCCUAUAUCUAUGACUUGAUUCGCAGGACUAUGGAGACCCCACUGGACAGGAACAUAGGGGACAGUAGCCAGCCCUAUCAAAACGAGGACUAUCUCACCAUCAUGAUCGCCAUUGUCGCAGGUGCCAUGGUGGUCAUAGUCGUGAUCUUUGUCACUGUCCUGGUGCGCUGUCGCCAUGCAUCCAGGUUUAAAGCAGCUCAGAGGAGCAAGCAGGGUGCUGAGUGGAUGUCCCCAAACCAGGAGAACAAACAAAACAAGAAAAAGAAAAGGAAGAAAAGAAAGUCUCCCAAGAGCUCUCUUUUGAACUUUGUUACAAUCGAAGAGUCCAAACCCGACGAUGCAGUGCACGAACCUAUCAACGGGACCAUAAGUCUGCCAGCUGAGCUGGAGGAGCAAAGCAUAGGAAGGUUUGACUGGGGCCCGGCCCCUCCCACCACCUUCAAGCCUAACAGCCCUGACCUGGCAAAGCACUACAAAUCUGCUUCUCCACAGCCUGCUUUCCAUCUUAAACCAGACACUCCAGUGUCCGUGAAAAAGCAUCAUGUGAUUCAGGAACUCCCUUUGGACAACACCUUUGUCGGGGGUUGUGACACCCUUUCCAAACGCUCUUCCACUAGUUCAGAUCACUUCAGUGCCUCAGAGUGCAGUUCCCAAGGAGGCUUCAAGACAAAGGGCCCCUUACACACCAGACAGUGUAACUCACACAGCAAAAGUGACAAUAUUCCUGUCACUCCUCAGAAAUGUCCCAGCUCUGCGGGUUUCCACAUUCAGGAGAAUGAAGAAAGCCAUUACGAGAUCAAGUAGCACUGACAGGAUCUUCC